AUGCAAGAGAAGAGGAUCCUGAUUCUCUUUAGAGGCAUGGGCACGAGACCUUGUAUCGACUACCUGCUUCGCGACGAAUACAACGCAGUUAACGUAGCUUCCCCUUCUUUUUCAACCGCAGCCCGGCUCGUCCGCGGAAGGCCCCGAGUGAUGGCCAUACCCUUAAACAUGAGAGACCCCGACCUCGAUCGGCAGACUGCGGCCCGCAACCUUGUCAUCUCAAUGGUUCCGUUCAUACAUCACGUCGACAUUGCUCGCUCCUCCAUAAAGGGAAAGACCAACAUCGUCAUAAGAGGGCACAUCUCCCCUGCUGUCAAGAGCCUCGAUGCGGUAGUGAAGAGGGCUGGGAUUGCUGAGCUGUACGAGAUCGGCGUGGAUUCCGGAACAAAUCAGCUUUACGCUACCAGACACAUUGCAAGCAUACAUGCUACGGGAGCGAAGGUAUGUCAACUUGUGGUGAUGUUCCCCUUUUUACCAGCUCAACUGACCACAGAGUUAGGUGAAUCCCACUGUAUAAUCCUGAAAGCUCAGCAGAACCCAUGCACUCCUCUCUCCUUCAAG